AUGAACAAAUACCAUUAUGACGCCCUGCUGAGGAGAAUCGACAGCUCACCCUUACAUUUCGACGCUCUCAAGUCCAUCAUGAGGGUCCCCUACCACAACCUCCUCAUAACAACAGGCCUCUGCCGUCAAUACCAUCCCCUCCCUCGCACACUAUACGAACCCCAAGACGUCCUCGAAGGAUACUGGACCGUCACUUUGACUCUCCAAUCGACAGCUUGGCUACAGAUAACCAUCAGGCCCGCACUCCGCGACGAUCCUCCGCCUCACGCCUGGCACGAUUUGGAUAAUUACCACCAGAUACAAGCCGGCGUUACACUCCGCAUCAGUCGCAGAAACGCCCUGAGGGAUAUGCGCUACCUUCUGGAGCUUGUUUUCCCUUUGUAUUUGUAUGACGUGGGCCAUGGACAGCGCCGUACUACCCCAUUGUCGCCGGUACGAGAGGAGGAGGAUGAUGAAUCUGAUGGUUCGGAGCUCGAGUGCAGCGUUCACGAUGUGAGUUGA